AUGCGGUUUUCAACCCUCAGCGCUUUUUCGUUGGCCACUGCCGGCGUGCACGCCGCUAGUGGCUUUGCAUCAAGCUGCCGCAUGGACUCUAGCAUUUACAGUUUUGUGGCGUUUACCAUUUCAACCCAAUGUAAAGGAUCAGAUGGCCAAUACAAAUCGACCACUUUCGAUGUUACUAAGUGUUACAAUGUCCAAAAAAGUGGCCAAAUUUCAUGCGGCGCAGGAGAUUUAUCAGUAUGCACUUGCGCAAAUAACCCUAACGGUGUUGGUGUUAUGAGUUGUCUUUGCCCCACCGAUUCAGGGACAUCAACCGGGCAACAACAGAUAGAUUUGAACAAAUGUAUCGGCAACAAUAAUGGCAAGCUUUUUUGCUAAACUUCAGCAUCAGGGCCAUGCUUUAACUGCCGAUUCCAUGGUUAAGCACAACCUCCCCGUUCUGCUAUCAGUUCUGGUCAGGCGAUGACAACUGUGGUUUGCUUGGCGCGCGAUUCCAUGGAAAACUUGAG